AUGUCAACGCAGACUCCCGAAGAGCUUCUCAGGGCCGUCGAGGCAAGCCACGAGCAAUACCUCCGCAGCUUACGAAGCCUUCACGAGUCCCUCGCCAGCGUCGUGCGAGAAAGACCAGAACAACGAACAGCUAGUGGCACGUUGUCGCCAUCGCCCCGUCCCUCUCACAGUCCGUAUCAGAGCCCUUUCCAGAGCCCGGUGUUCCCAACUGAGGCCACAUUCCCGGCAACCACCCAUCGUAGCCGUCGCUCGACCCUCUCCGAAAAAAUCGAAAAGCGACCACUUUCCAACGAUGCCGAGACGAACCACAUUCCGGCCUCGAUCCACUCGGAGCUUGACGUCGAGUACCUCCCUUUGCUGGACGUCACAGUCCCUCGCGGCGCAUCCAGCCCUGACGGGAGUCUCACUUCCUCCGUCUCGAAGUUCAUCAAACGAGUAGCUUGGACGGACAACCAGCUCCUCCGUCAUCUCAAGUACUUCGACUUCACCGGUGGCGCCGCUAUUGGCCUGGCAGACGUGAUCAAGCGACAGCUCGAAAUUGACGUGAACGCAGACUUUGCAAGCUUUGCCGCCUACGAAAGCCAGGGAUACGUCAGUUCCACCUUCGAGCUGUAUGAUGUUGAUAAGGAUGGCUUCCCUCGCCCCGUGGGCAAGCAGCUCGACGACCAGCGCCGAGGCGCUGCGUCCGACGUAGUCCUGUCGCUGAGCCAGAUCGUCGACGCGCCGACGGUGUGGAACGCCCUCAAGGGCAUCCACGCGGACGGUCAAGCUGUCGGGCUCGUGACAAUCAUCCAAGAGCCUUCGCCCCUCAUGCUCGGCGCCCUGCACAUGACCAUGGCCCCGUACUUCGACAUGACUGAGCUCUUCAACCACUUCAUCACGGACCGCGGUAACAAUGGCAAGACGACCGCCCGCGUCCACCGCGCCUUCGCCCGUGACCCGUCUCCGCGGCACUUGCGGCAACGCAGCUUCUUCUUCGUCUUCAAGUACUACACCAUCGUCGGCGACGGCCUCGAGCCCGCCCCCUACCAGAAGUACGACAAGCGCCCCGCCGACCGCCGAGCGCGGGACCACAUCGACAUCGCCGAGUGCAGCUCCAUCCUCGCUCUCUCGCUCUCCGGCUCCCCACGCCAAUCCGUGAAGCAGACCCGCCGUCGCGAGGGCCCGCAAGAAGGGUUCCUCUUCGAUACCUUUGCGCCGUGGCACCUCCUCUCGAUUCAGUCUUUCCCGGAUGACGAGCACACCCUCCGGGGCGGCGAUGCCGAGGCGCGCAAGAACUUCCCCUCGGGACCGUACGCAUUCCUGGACGCCCUGGUGACCGAGUACCGCGACGCGACGAAGAGGACCCUCGCCCUCCACGCCCGCAUUGCUAAGCUCAUCACCCCGCCCACGGACUUUAUUUUCGACGCUAAACUUAGAGACAAACUCCUCUUCGAAGAUAAAGGCUAUACUUAUAUCCGACGGUACUUCUGGGCCUACAACACGCUAGGCGUCGUCAACGAGGGCCUGCGCGCCAUGCUCGCCGCUUACCGGGACACCUUUCCCGACGACUUCUGGGAGGGCCGGCACCAGACGCUGUGGCCACACCCGUCGCCGGACAGCCCCGAGGGCCGGGCGUACCGGGACAAGAUGGCGCCGCUGCGGUCGGACCUGGAGAGGGCGUGCCGGGACCUGGAGACAGUGCACGCCAAGAACGCUGCGACGCGCAAAGAGAUUGAGAGCCUGAGGGACCAGCUCUUCACCGGGAGCUCAAUCAAGGAGUCGAGGAGGGCGAUCGAGCAGGGCGACAACAUCAAGGUGCUGACUCUUGGGUCCAUGGUGUUCCUCCCCCUGACGUUUGUGACUUCCGUCUUCGGCAUUACGGAAUUUACAAUCCCGCCCCAAGACUGGCGGUUCGCAGUGACCAUGGUCUGCGUCUGCGUGCCCUUCAUCCUGGCCCUCAUCCUUCUGCAGACGCGGGCGGGGUACUCGCUGGCGAGGCACUCCCUGGCCGCCCUCGCGUGGCCGUUCCGCCGGUUCAUGGACGACGGGAGCGGGGGCAGGCCUCCGCCGGCGGUCGCCAUACCUGCGACAGAGGUGAGACCGAGCAGGAAGAGGCGGCUUACGAUCCGAAAACCGCCGCAGCCGCAGCCGCCGGCUCAGGAGAAACACCAGGAAGGGCGCCUAGGGUUGUGGUUGGGCUGGAGACCGUCGCUGUAUAAUGGCAACAUGAAGGCAGGUAAGGUCAAGGUGGCCGAGGAGGGUAAUACAAUGGUUUUCGGUCAUGUUUGA